UCCCCCCCGAAAAAAGAAGUAAAAGCUUUGACCGGCAGCUGCCGCCCUCCGCCUCCGGCCAGCAAACCACCGCCGCCGCCGAUCGGCGAUCGGCUUCAAUAAUCUGCGACGAUGCACCGCACGUCAAAUUUCGACAAGUGGCGUCGCAAAACAACAAAAUACAACUCCCUAGAUAUACAAUACUAGCAUACAGUUGCGUCACCUCUCACUUGCUCUCUCUGACCGAUUUCGUGAAUUUUUUUUCACAAUUUUGGAGGAAUCGUGGAAACGUAUGGCGCUGUUGUGAAUUUCUUAAACCGUCGCUUUUUUUUUUUUUUUUUUUUUUUUUUUUUUUUUUUUUUUUAAAUUUCUCUCAUAGAAAAGGCUCGUAGAAAGAGAGGGAGUUAAUAACGAAGUAGCUUUCCUUGCGCAACUUUUUAUUUAUUUUUUUUCCUAUUUAUUGUAUUUUUUUCGAGAAUUUUUUGUUGCUGUUUGGGGGAGGUGUGUUUGUGCGUGAUGAAUGCGGCGGCGAUGGUGACGCCGAGAGCGUUCUUCGCCGAUUCCAACGACAUCGAAUUUGGAAAUCCGAUGUGGUUUGUGUACGCCGGCGUCUCGUGCUUCCUCGUUCUCUUCGCAGGAAUUAUGUCCGGUUUGACUCUCGGAUUGAUGUCUCUCGGAAUCGUGGAGCUCGAGAUACUGCAGCGGAGCGGCAGCUCCACGGAGAAGAAACAAGCUGCCGUUAUUUUCCCGGUAGUUCAGAAGCAGCACCAACUUCUGGUGACCUUGCUACUGUGCAAUGCUGCUGCGAUGGAGGCUCUUCCACUCUAUCUGGACAAGCUGUUUCAUCCUGUUGUUGCUGUCAUUCUGUCGGUGACGUUUGUUCUGGCUUUUGGUGAGAUAAUCCCUCAAGCAGCUUGCUCUAGAUAUGGGUUGGCUGUGGGUGCUAAUUGUGUGUGGCUUGUUCGUGUUUUGAUGAUCAUUUGCUACCCGAUUGCUUUCCCUAUUGGAAAGAUCCUCGAUUCCGUCCUGGGCCAUCAAGAUGCUCUAUUUAGGCGACCUCAACUGAAGGCUCUCGUAUCUAUCCAUAGCCAGGAGGCUGGUAAAGGUGGUGAGCUUACUCAUGACGAAGCAACAAUUAUCAAUGGAGCACUGGAUCUGACAGAAAAGACAGCCGAGGAGGCAAUGACACCCAUUGAGUCCACGUUUUCACUUGAUGUGGAUACAAAACUGAAUUGGGAAACUAUUGGAAAAAUCCUUGCACGGGGUCAUAGUCGCAUUCCUGUGUACUCAGGGAACCCGAAAAACAUUAUUGGACUUCUUCUGGUAAAAAAUCUCCUCACUGUAAGAGCUGAAACAGAGACUCCAGUUAGCUCGGUUUCCAUCCGGAGAAUGCCUAGAGUACCAGCAGAUAUGCCCUUGUAUGAUAUUCUCAAUGAGUUUCAAAAGGGUGGCAGUCACAUGGCAGCUGUAGUGAAGGUGAGAGCGAAAAAGAAGAAGCUUAUCUCCUCUGAUGACAUGGCUGAAGAAAAACUUUUAACCGAAGGGGAUUCGCAAUUGAAAAUCCCGUUGCUUGACAAGUAUGGUAGAGAAGCAGAUACCGUCGUUGUCAACAUCGAGAAGGCUGAGCAAAAUGGUUUCGUGACAUACAACUCUAAUGCUGGAGAGGAUGUUGAAGAUGGAGAAGUUAUCGGCAUAAUCACCUUGGAGGACGUAUUUGAAGAACUUCUACAGGAGGAAAUUGUUGAUGAGACAGAUGUUUACAUAGAUGUACAUAAAAGAAUACGCGUCGCUGCUGCUGCUGCAGCUUCUUCAGUUGCUCGAGCACCUUCGACUCGUAGGCUUCAAAAGCCAGCCACAGUUGGCUCAGGCAAGCAAUGACCGUGCACGGAGAUGCUGGUGCGGUCUCGAUACCGUAACAACACAACACAUGAAAAUGCUAAGUGUUUGUCUGGUCUAUACAGUUAACUGUGUGUUGUAGUAUGUGUAAAGGAAGAUUUUGAAACGACAACUGAAAUGUUGUAAUGGUAUUGGUAGUUUUCAUGAAGUCGAUAUAUCAUCCUUUUUUUGUAGAA